UAUCACAUGGAGAUGGGCGUCAAGAAGUCACCUCUCGGACUGGGCGCUCUGGAGCGCGCUGCAGAAACUCUAUAGCUUCCUGUGCAGACGAGCAGCCCCACAUCGGAAACUACAGACUGUUAAAGACAAUCGGCAAAGGCAAUUUUGCAAAAGUGAAGUUGGCGAGGCAUAUCCUGACAGGCAGAGAGGUUGCAAUAAAAAUAAUUGACAAGACUCAGUUGAAUCCAACAAGUCUACAAAAGCUCUUCAGAGAAGUAAGAAUAAUGAAGAUUUUAAACCAUCCAAACAUAGUGAAGUUGUUCGAAGUCAUUGAAACGGAAAAAACCCUGUACCUAAUCAUGGAGUACGCAAGUGGAGGUGAAGUGUUUGACUAUUUGGUUGCACAUGGAAGAAUGAAGGAAAAAGAAGCAAGAGCUAAAUUUAGACAGAUUGUUUCAGCGGUGCAGUACUGCCACCAGAAGCACAUUGUUCACAGAGACCUCAAGGCUGAAAAUCUAUUGUUAGAUGCUGAUAUGAACAUUAAAAUAGCAGACUUUGGUUUUAGCAAUGAAUUUACUGUUGGCAGUAAACUGGACACGUUCUGCGGCAGUCCUCCAUAUGCAGCCCCAGAGCUCUUCCAGGGCAAGAAAUACGACGGGCCCGAGGUGGACGUGUGGAGCCUGGGCGUCAUUCUCUACACGCUAGUCAGUGGGUCACUUCCUUUCGAUGGACAGAACCUAAAGGAACUGAGAGAAAGAGUACUAAGAGGGAAGUACAGAAUCCCUUUCUACAUGUCCACAGACUGUGAAAACCUUCUCAAGCGUUUCCUGGUGCUAAACCCAGUCAGACGUGGCACUCUAGAGCAAAUCAUGAAGGACAGGUGGAUCAAUGCGGGGCACGAGGAAGAUGAAUUGAGACCAUUCAUAGAACCAGCACUAGACAUCUCAGACCAGAAGAGAAUAGACAUUAUGGUGGGAAUGGGAUAUUCACAAGAAGAAAUUCAGGAAUCUCUUAGUAAAAUGAAAUACGAUGAGAUCACAGCUACGUAUUUGUUGUUGGGAAGAAAGUCUUCAGAGCUGGAUGCUAGUGACUCCAGUUCUAGCAGCACUCUCUCACUUGCUAAGGUUAGGCCGAGCAGUGACCUCCACAGCAACACGGGCCAGUCUCCUCACCACAAGGUGCAGAGAAGUACCUCCUCAAGCCACAAGCAGAGGCGGUAUAGUGACCACGCUGGACCAGCUAUUCCUUCUGCUGUGGCGUAUCCGAAGAGGAGUCAGACCAGCACAGACAGUGACCUCAAAGAAGACGGGGUUCCUGCCCGGAAGUCGAGCAGCAGCACCGUUGGAGGAAAGGGCAUCGCCCCAGCCAGCCCCAUGCUCGGCACUGCCAGCAACCCCAACAAGGCGGCCAUCCCCGAGCGCAGGAAGAGCUCCACGGUGCCCAGUAGUACCACAGCAUCUGGUGGCAUGACAAGGAGGAACACUUAUGUCUGUAGUGAGAGAACCUCUGCUCAUCGUCACUCUGUCGUUCAGAACGGCAAAGAAAACAGCGCCCUUCCUGAUCAGAGCGCCCCAGUUGCUUCCACGCACAGUGUGAGCAGCGCGGCCACGCCCGACCGCAUCCGUUUCCCCAGAGGAACUGCCAGCCGAAGCACUUUCCACGGCCAGCCUCGGGAACGGCGGACAGCCACCUACAAUGGUCCACCUGCCUCGCCCAGCCUGUCCCACGAAGCCACACCCUUGUCCCAGACUCGAAGCCGGGGCUCCACUAAUCUCUUUAGUAAAUUAACUUCAAAACUAACAAGGAGCCGCCACGUGUCUGCCGAGCAGAAGGACGACGGCAGAGAGGCCAGGCCGCGCUCGCUACGCUUCACGUGGAGCAUGAAGACCACGAGCUCCAUGGAGCCCAGCGACAUGAUGCGGGAGAUCCGCAAGGUGCUGGAUGCCAACAGCUGUGACUACGAGCAGAGGGAGCGCUUCCUGCUCUUCUGUGUCCACGGCGACGGACACGCCGAGAGCCUCGUGCAGUGGGAGAUGGAGGUGUGCAAGCUGCCCAGACUGUCCCUCAACGGCGUCCGCUUCAAGCGGAUAUCCGGCACGUCCAUCGCCUUCAAGAACAUCGCUUCCAAAAUCGCCAACGAGCUGAAGCUGUAGCCCAGUCACCGUGGUGCGAAUCAAGCAGCAGCCCCAAGUGUUUUCCCAGACAGUGAGGAGAUGU